AGUGAAUACCGUCACAGUUGGAUUUGCGCAGGUGGCGAUACUGCUCGUCGGACGCAUGCGUUGCGCCGCGAUCCCGUUAAUGGACACUGACAGAUCCAAGUUUUAUUUUAAAUAAAUUAAAAUUCUUGGUCACCCGAAACAAGCUUAUGCCUUUUUGUUUUAAAGAAAGUGAAUUAAAGUGCUGGAAUUACCAAUUGCAUUAAAACGAUCGUUUGUGAAUUAAUUAAUCGAUCUUAAUUUAUGUUCUCUCAUUCUCGAUUUUAGUGUUGCCGUUGGAACUUGUAUAUUUACUAUUGAAUUGAACUAUUAAAGGAUCAGAGGUAGUUUCCCAUGAAUAAAAACAGGUCCUUGGCUUUGUCUCUCGACUCGUGUUUUUGUGGUGUGUUUAUUACGGACUACGGAGUAGGUUUGCCCGUAUAACCGUUUAAGAUGUGUGGGUGAAGUAAGCUCAAACUGAAGCUGUUUCUUGUCUAUAUGGUGUAUGUGAGGAGCGUGGAGCGGUGUGCAGUAACCGAAUGAUGCCCCUGCGCGCGCUCAUUCGCCGACAUGGCCGCCCUCUCCUGUUACCAGCCCUGCAGGUCGCAUCUCGCGCAGCCGGCUAGGUGUUUAGACGACUACGAAGAGCAAACGGCGACCCUCUCGCUUCGUCGAAGGCAGUUUAUAGAGAGAUGUCACGACGCGCGGUCGGGACGGCACAGGGACUUCAUACCUGAGGUUUCAGUGAAGAGAACGAGGGAUGAGCUGGCCAAGUAUGCGGCACAGGCGGCACCGGCGAGGCGACUGAAUGUCGAGUCCGGGUGGUCCAAGGUCGAAGAAGUCAGGAAGAAGUUCGAAGGUGCAGCGGCGGCGGCUUCCUAUUCGAGGUCGUUCGAGUCCCCUCCUAGACGUCGGCUAGCCGACUCCCUCUUCGCGAGUUUCAAGCUACCGCGCAAGAAAGAGAUGGCGGCGCCUCGCUCCCUCGCCCUUCAGCCGCAGCAGAAACGCAAGUCCGCGGUGGAGCUGCUCGCCGAGUCGAAGGCCUUCUACGUCAAGUCGGAGACCGUGCUGGAUCGGAAACAGGAGUUGCCCUUGAGGGUGAGCAGCGGUUUAAGCCAGGCGAUAGCGGCCGGAGGGUGUCACCUGGUCAGUUCCGGGACACUCGACAACGACGCCUACUGCAACCCAUAUGCUACCACCAGGAUCAGCAGCAGACGCGCGGUGAGCGCGGGGGAAGGGCUUCAGAAUACUCUGAGGAGACUCCUCGAACACGCCGAUAGUCGGGAAAAUGUCUACUCCCCUCCUUAUGCCUGCCAAAAACCCUUCACGGAAAUACGUCGCGUCAAAGAGCCGUACGCGGAGAGGGAGUUGUCUCGCUCCCAGCACACUUCGGGCACCUUCUCCGGGACCUCCUCGUCCGGCACGUCCGCCUCCAAGGACAAGAGGCCGCUCAGUUUCGGAGACGCCAGGGUCUUCUUUCCGGAGUCGUUCGUCAUCCCGAGGCAGAGGGCCAGCGAAGUCGUCAUCAAGAACGCUUAUUCGAUACCGAGUCCUCAGUCGAGUCCGCACGAGCCGAGGCGGGAGACGUCCCCUCACGGGGAGCAACUGGACACCAUCAGCCCUCCCGCGGAGUACGCUCAUUCGGCACCCAGGUAUAUCAGAUCGAAUUCCCACUCUCAACCGAGUGUCCGCGAAGAGGACGGCAACACCAACAUCAACAGUCAUAAAUCGCUGCCGGACCUGCACGCUCAGACGCACGGUUACCCGGAACACGUGAGCGUGGUGGGGGGCACGGAGUCGAUCGGACGGUCUCCGAGGAGACGCCGGCAUUCGGCUCACCACAGAACCGCCUCGUGCUCUUCCAAAGGCACCAGGUCCAACCAUUCGUCGCUGAUGUCUUCGUGCGAUGCGUUCUCGGAGCAUCCGUCUCCGGGCGAAGAAAACUACCAGUCGUACAAUAGCCGUUGCGGUUCGUCGUUCGCGCGCGACUCGGGGGGUUCCAGCGGCCACUACACCCAGCGCAGUGCGCCCCCUCUGGCCCGAGACAACUCCGCGCCCUACGAGUCGCUCGACCCUCGCAGACGCUACGCGUGUCCUCGGGCCCGCGAGUCGUCCCUGGAGCAGUGCUUCGUGUCGGCCCCUCCUCAGUUCCAGGACGGGGCUCCGUCCCCGCCCCCCGGGCCGCUCUACUCCUCGCACCCCAGGGUGGGGAUACACUUCCAGGCGAGUGCGCCCCCUCCGCAGUUCCAGGACGAGCCCUUCUCCUACGACUGCUCGUACAGAGCGCCCCUCAAGUGCCUCUCGGUCGGCAGAAAGGACUUCGUCGCGAGGGAAUAUCCGAGGUACCAGGAGGCUCCCGCGGAGGUGGUCAGCAAACAGCCUCAGUACCAAGAAGAGAUGUACCGGAUGAGACCGAGAAUUGACGACACCCAGGAAUAUGUCAACGCUCCUCCGCAGAUCUGUCAAGCGGAGGAGGUGACGUCCCCUCUGGGGACUUUCAAACGACAGAGAUGUCUCCGGUACAAGCAGAGACGACCUCGGCCCAUUCUGAGGUCGAAAUCGGACAUAUCCGACAGAUACCGUCGCUCCGACGGGCGGAGUCCCGCGUCGGCCCCGUGCGAGGGCGAAGACUCCCCGGACAGUCCGUCGGAGGAGUCCCGGCUGCAGGUGUUCUUCGACCGUCUGGGGCUGGAGUCCCGGACGUACGACGCGGUCAUUCGAGACGAGGACCCGGACAGCCCGGUCUUCUUCUCGUCGGCCUCGACGGUCGACUCCAAUCAACUCGCCACCACCGACUACACGGUGCAAGGGCCUGCGGCCGCGCAGAAGCCCAUCUACCGAAACACGGAACCGCCGAGCGUCGUCGAGAGGAACGCCAGAAUCAUCAAAUGGCUCUGCCAGUGUCGGAAGGUUCAGAUGCAGCCUCCUCAAUAACUACGCGUCUUCGGUCGAGCGACCUUUCGUCUACGCCUAGAGAGGUCAUGAUGCGUAAACUUUUCUCCAUUAAUAUAAUGAUUUUCGUGUCGAUGACGUCGCGGUGACGUCAUUGUUAAUAAUGUUAAGGAAAUCUGUUCACUAGUUUAGGAAACGAUUACGAAAAUGACUCGUUUUGUCGCGUCUAGCUUAGGAAUGAAAACGAUCUCUUCGAUUUAAAGGAGUCGAUGCAGACUCCGCUUAGAUUUAUUAAAAUGAUUUACACCGUUUAAAAAUUGCUUCGGUUAAUUGUUAUAUAUUAAUAACACACGUAGCGUUCGACAUAUCCUUGUAUAUGUUCCUCUCGUGCAUUAGCCUCAAAAUGGGAAAUGAGUUUAAAGUUUUUUCGUGUUAUCGUUGUUUUUGAAAAUUCCAAUUGUCCAUCGAAUUUCCUACAAAUAUUUAAAAAAUAGUACGAAAGAACAUAUUUUGAACGAGAUAAAUAUUUUUCAUAAGCUUGAUAUUGAAGGGAUUGAUGUAGCACCGAGACAAUAUUUUUAAGAGUGUUAGAACAAAAUUAAUGAUAUAUCCAGAUAUAAUAACAUUUCUUUAACGUAUGUAAAUGCGAAUUAAAGCACUUGAACCAUCGAGUUACUUAAAUAGGUAAUGAAAUAAACUCGCGCAGAAGUCCUAUUCAAAGACACAUUCUUAAUUUACGACUACGAAUAUUACGCAACAAUAGUUUACGCUAUAAGUCAAUAAUUAGAUGAUAUUAAGACAUUAAUAUAAAAAUAUCUAAAGUAGAUACGAAAGUAGCAUUCUUUAACCAGUUUAUAUUUCAAUAUUAUUCAUUUCAUAAAACAUUUCUAAACUUUUUUAUUAUAUAAUGUUAUUGGUACUAUGUCUAUAAGAACGUGUAAUCGAUUUGUUAAAAUGAAUUAUUUAUAUUCUUAUAAGAAUAUAAUGUGUUCAAUGUUCUAUGAACUUCACGAAAACGAAAUCUUCAGAUUUUGUCCUCUACCCUGACCGAUGUGAACAAUCCUUAAUGCAUUUAUUAUUUAGACGCAUAAAUAUGCUAAGAGACUGCCAUUUUCUCUUCCACUGUGAUAUGGUUAUAAAUUCUCGAUUUUUUUCCUUCUAUUUUUGUGUUUUUCACUGAGAACAUUUCUAUAAUAUGUUGAUUUUUGCACAAUUGCAAUACCUAGUUAAUAGUCGAGUGGUGGAGAAGGGCCUUUAAACAAAAACAAUGUGUCUUUUUAAUAUGUAUUUGUUUUAUUAACUAGCCCUUUUAUAUUUUCAUUUUGUUUGUCUGCUAUAAAUGGUAGGUUUGCUUAUAUUUAAAUUUAAAAAUUACGCUUUGAUUGAGAUAAUAGCUCAUCCUCCACCACUUCUAUUUGGGUCAACGCAACAAGACUAAUUAAAUUGUAUUUUGAAGUUAACCAUAAUUUAGGUUUGCACGGUUGGAUAAUGGUAUAUGAAUUUGAUUGAUAAUAACUGUGUAGAUCAAAUUUCUUUAAUGUGUAUUUAAAAUGGUUAGCGUUACAGUAUUAGAUCGUUUAGCAUUCGAUGCUUCCAUUUUGUGUAAAUAAGAUUUACGUACUUUGUUAGAGAUUUAUCGAACAAAAAUAUAUUGUGGUCUGGUGAGAUAUAUAUAA